CCAAUCGGAGCGCACGGCGCGUCUGGAGGCGGAGAAAGGAAGCAGAAGUUGGAGGAAGGAGUGAACGGGGAGACGGGAGAGCUGGAGAUUGAGUCCUGUAGUCACAUAUUUAAUCACAGGAUGUACUGUUCAUCUCUGGACUGUUGAUUCACACCCUGCCUUCCCCUCCUGCACGUUUUGGACGCGCGCAGCCACAGGUUGGCUGAUCUAAUCCAGUCCCCAUGGAUUAUUCCCCCUCAUCCUGCUCCGAUUGUCCCUGAAGCGGAUCGAAAUGGGCACCGUCGACGCGCCGGAGCCGAUCGAAGGGGAGACAGACCGAGCCUUGUGAGUGAGCGCACGCGGACGCGGCAUCUGCGGCGAGCCACGCGCAAUUUUUUGGCGAGGCGAAGACCUGUGGAGGACCCCGAAGAAAAGGACGGCGAAGCAGAACGAGGACGGGGUGGCAGUGACAACAUGAAAAAGAAAAAGUGUGGUGGUCCGUUUUCAACCAGCCAGUGAUCCAACGGAACUAACCUGGGGGACAGGGACCGAGAGCGAAGAGGUCGGAGGUGCUUGGCCACUUCUCUGACCAUGGAGCCUCCUCCGUCUCUGAGCUUGGCUCUGCUGGGAGGGAGCGAGGAUGAGGACCAGCGCUUCCUUCUCCCUCUAGGCAGCAUACCCCAUCCCUCCACCUCUGGCAACCAGCCAGGAUCAAACCACUCCAACCACACGGGAGGUUCAAGUAUCGACCGUCUAAAUGGCAGCACCCCAUCGCCAUCCUCAGCCACACCCAACUUGCCUCCAGCAUCGCUCCCCAAGUUGCCUCUGUCCUCCUCCGGAGCCCAGCCUCUGCCCCCACCCAUCCCCAACGCCCUGCACCCAACCAGCACCCCGCUCUCGUCCUGCCUGGGUUCACAGCACAGCCUGAGCGGGGACAACUCCCCGGUCUACAACGCCCUCUUCUACUCCUCCCACUCCCCCUCCAUGGAGCGUGAAAGGGAGAGAGACCGGGGCAGCAAACACAGACAGGCCAGUCCUCUGGUCCAUCGCAGGGACAGUAACCCCUUCACAGAGAUCGCCAUGAGCUCCUGCAAGUACACAGGCGGGGUCAUGAAGCCCCUGAGCCGCCUCAGCGCCUCUCGGAGAAACCUCAUCGAGUCCGACAGCAGCAGUGAAACCAAAGAGGGCGGCGUUUCGGCUGUUGCCGGAGCAACAGCCUCUGGUGGGCAUGACAAACAGCGAGACGCAGCGCCUACCUGCUCGGUGACCCAGUCCUCGUCUCACCAACCCCCAGUCCAGAGCCCCCCAGAGAUCGUGAUCUCCUCCAAAGAAGACUCGCCGUACCCCAGAAGAGGGUACGACAUCACUGACUCCACAUCCAACCAAAUGUCUAUCUAUCACCAGAACCACGCACUAGUGGAGAGCAGGCGGACGCAGACGGAACGGGGCAGCAGGCAAGGCGGAGUCGGCGCGGUGGGCACCGGAGCCAGGAGCAGCACCUCCAAAGCCCCCAAGCGAAAGAACCAAAACAUCGGCUAUAAGCUGGGACACCGCAGGGCGCUGUUCGAGAAGCGGAAGAGGCUAAGCGACUACGCCCUCAUCUUUGGAAUGUUUGGCAUCGUCGUCAUGGUGAUUGAGACGGAGCUGUCGUGGGGCGUUUACUCCAAGAGCUCCAUGUAUUCUCUGGCCCUGAAGUGUCUGAUCAGCCUGUCCACCGUUAUCCUGCUGGGACUCAUCAUAGCCUACCAUGCCCGAGAGGUUCAGCUGUUUGUCAUAGACAACGGGGCUGACGACUGGCGCAUCGCCAUGACGAUGGAGAGGGUUCUGCUGAUCGCUCUGGAGCUGCUUGUGUCUGCAGUGCAUCCGGUGCCUGGGGACUUUAAAUUUAAGUGGCGUGCACGGCUGGCCUUCUCGUACGUGUCUUCGCAGGCGGAGGCCGACCUGGACAUGGUGCUGAGCGUGCCCAUGUUCCUGCGCCUCUACCUCAUCGCCAGAGUCAUGCUUCUGCACAGCAAGCUCUUCACCGACGCCUCCUCUAGGAGUAUAGGUGCCCUAAAUAAGGUCCAUUUUAACACGAGGUUCGUAAUGAAAACCCUCAUGACUAUCUGCCCCGGGACGGUGUUGCUGGUCUUCAGCAUCUCUCUGUGGAUCAUCGCUGCCUGGACUGUACGAGUGUGUGAGAGAUACCACGAUGCCCAAGAUGUGACCAGUAACUUCCUGGGAGCCAUGUGGCUGAUCUCCAUCACCUUCCUUUCCAUCGGUUAUGGAGACAUGGUUCCUCACACCUACUGUGGCAAAGGAGUGUGUCUGCUCACAGGCAUCAUGGGCGCGGGUUGCACGGCUCUGGUGGUUGCCGUGGUAGCCAGGAAGCUGGAGCUGACCAAGGCUGAGAAGCAUGUGCACAACUUCAUGAUGGACACUCAGCUCACCAAGAGGAUAAAGAAUGCUGCAGCUAAUGUGCUGAGGGAGACCUGGCUCAUCUACAAGCACACCAAGCUGAUGAAGAAGAUCGACCACUCUAGAGUUCGCAAACACCAGAGGAAGUUUCUCCAGGCCAUACAUCAAUUGCGGAGUGUAAAAAUGGAGCAGAGGAAACUCAGCGACCAGGCCAACACACUAGUGGACCUCUCGAAGAUGCAGAGUGUCAUGUAUGAGCUCAUGUCGGAGCUCAACGACCGCAGCGAGGAUUUGGAGCGACAGAUGCUGUCCCUGGAGCAGCGGGUGGAGCAGCUCACUGCGGGCUUCAACGCCCUACCCGCGCACCUUUCUGCAACACUCAGCGCCCAGCACGCCGCCCUGGUUCACCUGCUCCGAGAGCGGGAUUCAAGGGACGGCAGAGGAGGAGGAAACGGAGGAGACAUUAUGGUUCCACUGUCCCCAGCUAUGUCUUUACCUGCUGCACCCAUUUCAGUCUCUCCAGUCCAAGUGGCAGCUCCUCCCCCACCCCUAGCACAGGUUUCUACUUUGUCCGUAGAGACCCCACUGUCGCCUCCACCCCUGAGCCCCGAGGGGAACCUGGAGCUUAGUCCCAACUCCAACACCUGCACCUCUAGCUGCUGAGGAUGGCUCGGAGGAGCAGGGGAGGACAAUCACGGAGGCAAACCAGGGAGACUAGAGCGGGGCUGUCCUCUCACAUCAGACUAACGGAGAGAUGAGACGGAGGAGAAAGCCUUGAGGAGAUCCAAUGAAAGCAACGCUCCGUGGAUGGAGACGGGACUGUGAGGAGGAGUAAUGGGAGGAGCAGUUUGAGGGAUGAGACACGUUCAGGACUUUCAGGGGGCUUUUUCUCUACGACGGAAGGAUAAGAAAAACGGGAUCUCUAAAAGGUGUGAGAGGGAGGAAGGAUGUUAGGGAAGGUGAGAAAUGGUGAAAGGGGGAACAAGGAGGGGGAGGACCGAAGAAGAGAAAUAAGUAGGAAUAAUUAUAUGAACUCCUAAAUGGAAUCCGCUCCAGUUUCUGCAAAAAGGGCCUUUCAUUCUUUCGAUCUCCUUGUCUCCUUCCUCCAGAUCUCUCCCUCCUUCCCUUCGUCAGGAAUUAUUGACCAUGACUUUUUAUCCUUACGAUGUAUUUUCUAUUUGAAUGCUUAUUGUGUGUAACGAGCAUCCCUUUAACAGAAGGUUGGAUCAAUACGACCAGAAUAUUUAAAAGACUAAACUAGCAGCAUGCAUACACACGCAAUACAAGUUAACACAGCACAAAGCUGCACGUCCUCUCCUAUUGCAGACCCUGAAACUCACAAACGCACUAGCCCACAUGAUGAUACUACAGCCUAUACUGCCAAGCCCUCGAUGCACUGUCUAUAGAGCACUGCCAAGCAAGCAGAAAAACUACAAAAAUAUGAAUCUACGCGACAUUUCUUGAUGGUACGAGCCGCUGCGGUAGUUUCGAGUAUUACUGCGCUCCCACAAAUUACUCACGAAAGCAAAAAACGCAGAGAAACACAAGUCAUCGUGCUAAUUUUGUGAUGCUGAAGACUGUAGCAGAUGGUGAGAAAGGAUGAAACGUCUCCAGCGGGGCUUUACUACUAAAUCCACCAGACUGCACGCUGAAUGCUACACUGUAACCCCGAAUAAGUUCACUGAACUCAAAAUGUAUGAGGAAACUGAUUACCUAAUAAUUUUUAAGUUAACUUAUCUAAAAACUAUGUUUACCAUAACCUAUAAAAUACGACCUGAAUAAAAUCAAAGCAUUUACCUCCAACCUAUAACUUAGCACUUAAGCAACUUCCAGAGUUUUAUUUCACUAAACUUGCAUUUUUUAUUUUAUUUGAACUUUAUUACAUGUUUUUACUAACUUAAAUAAUAUAACUUAUAUGAACUCUAAAUGGACCUAUUAAACCCUAACCCAAAUGAGCUGAAUUUACUUAAAAGUGACAAUGUGGCAGGCCGGUGAAGGCAGUAACUAACACCAGAUCAUGACUCGCACACCCCUAGAUGCUAACAGCCAAUGAAAGUGGAACACUCAAAGUCAAGUCAAGAGUACCUGGUGUGAACAACCACAGUGUUAGUAACAAUGGGACGGCACAGCCGUACAGCAUUACUUUGACCAACCUCCUCACUUAAGGUGCCAACAUGAUACAAAAAGUAACACCACAUCUGCAACACUGAAUGAAAUAAUAACUGAGAACAACAAUCCUCCACAAUGAACAUGCAUAAACACCCCAAAAUAGAGCAAAAUAACUGAAAAUAUGACUACCCACAAUGCACCAUGCCCAGCAGUUGUUUAUUGUUCCUGCGAUCCAUCAGAAUUGCUAGUUUUUGGUUGUUUUUCCUGGAAAUCCACAAUUUUUAAAAAAAAAUGAUACAAGUUUUUUUUUCAGACACACUUUAGGGUUGACGUAAAGAUGAAAGGAAUAACAUAGAAAUAAAAAAUAAUAAAUCAAUAAUUUUUUGUUAAUAUUACUCAUUAAAGUUAAGUUGUCUUUUAUUGAUUAAUUAAAGUUAUGGUUACUUAAAAAAAGAAAUAGUUCAGGUUAAUUAAAACGUUUGAGUUCAGUGUACUUAAAACAAGGAAAAGGUUGAACCAGCUCAACACAUUUGAGUUCUAAAAACAUUUUUUAUUAUGAGUUCAUCUACUCAAUAUAUUUGAUUAUUUUGAACUUUUGGGUUUACAGUGAAAGUGUACUCACACAGAUGCAGGCUCAUUUUUGUAACUAAUAAAAAGACAAAAAGCUUGAAAUUGACAAAAAUUUAAUAGCAUCCGUCGUUCUUUUAUUCCAUAGUUAACACAGAUCCGAGCUUUCUCCUGAUUGUUCAGUCGGAUGUUUCAUAUAAUUAACCGAGAUGGAAAUAAAAGACGGUACCUUUAAUUUGACAUCCAGUGGCAGCACCUUUUGAAGCAAUCACUGCCAACAAGUAACAUUUGAACUUCACAUCGAUGCGUCUGCUGUCACCGACUGGCCUGUUGGCCUCAUGAGCAAACACCCACAGCUGUCUGCUUCUUUCAGAUCUGUCCACAGACAUUCAAAAGGAUUAGGAUCUGAAAUCGUGAAGAGCCACCAGUGUGUCCCAGUGCUUUGUUCUGAGCCAUUCUGGGGCCGUACUUGAACAGAUAGUCGGUGCGUUUACACGCCGCGUCAGAAACUCGAUUACUGCCUUAGUCCGGCUGAGUUAAACCGAACUGGACUCCUAAUCAAGCUAAGGUACCCGGAAAGGGCCGAACCCAAUUUUCUCUGCAUGUAAACAACAUCUCAGCUUAGCUGAGCUAUGACCACCUUGGACACCUUUCCAGAAGUGACAAGACUACAGAAGCGGCCUUCUGAUGAUGUAAUCGCCACCAGACUCCGACGCCGUCGUGUAAUGCCGUCAAACAGUGCAGUGCAGUCCAAAGGUGUGGACACACCUUCUCAUUCAAUGUGUUGUCUCCAUCUUCAUGACCAGUUACAUCGGGAGAUUCUCACUGAAGGCAUCAAAACUACGAAUGAACACAUGAGGAGUUAUGCACUUAACCAAAACAGGUGAAAUAGCUGAAACAUUUUUUAUAUUCUACUUUCUACAGAAAAGCCACCCUUUGUUCUGAUUUCUGCUUUGCACACUCUUGGCAUUCUCUCGAGGAGCACCAAGAGGAACUCCUUCCAGACUGUUGGAAACCAUUUCAGGUGACUACCUCUUGAAGCUCAGCGAGAGAAAGUUCAGGUUUUCGCUCGAUUGUUGCCAUAGAAACUACUUAGAUGUGCGUGUAACUGCCAGAUCCGCCAAAGCAGCUCCAAAACAAAACCGAGCCUUCUCCAUGUUUCCCAGUAGGUGCUCUUUUCCUUGAACCCUUAUUUUCUUCACCUGUAAACAUAGAAUUGAUGUGACAUAUGUCUCCGCUGUCUUCUUUUGGAAGCUGUAGGGCUUUUUCUUCCAGGGAUCCCACUAUGGUCUGAUCCGCGACAGAUGGUGCCGUUGAAACCUGGAUCUUGGGGGUUUGGGUCGAAUGGUUUUCUAGAACAUUGUUCCCAGUCUGUCUGCUCCUAGCGGCUACAGAACGUUGGCAGCUGUGGUUGGUUGGUCAGUCACAAAUAAAGGAUGCUGCUGGAUGAAACAGGUCUUGAAGCUUGUAAAUGCAUCUAUAAUUUCCUUCCUGAGCCCCUCAGACUUCUCUGGUUUUUGCAUUCUUGAUACCAACAAUACCAAACUACCCAGCUACCCAUCGUCUUAAAUGGCAGAAUAGCUAGAAGGCCCUCUCGAUGCUAAGUGAUGAUAAACAUUUGGCUAGACUGAUAGUGGCUGCAUUUCCUCGAAAGGAGUUCUGAGAUAUUUCUGGGAGGGGGGAAAGAGGUAUGAUAAAUCAUUGACUCUGACCUCUCAGCCGUCGUGUCUCCAUUCAAAAUCAUCCGUUUCGGGACGUUGCUUAGACGUCAGCGUAUCACAACCGUUUUGGCAUCAUUGGUCAGCACUGAAAGGCGUCAACGAACAUUAAUAACAAUAAAAAGGUUUUAUUCUGUCAAAGUGGGACUGGGAGAGCGGCUGUAUAACGUAAAAAGUGGUGUUGAUUGACCAGAAGUAGCACCAUUUUUUACAGUGCUCUGUAGACGACUAAACGCCAGGAUCCCCGGGGUUUGGGACGGAUUUCCGCCGCAUUUUUCUGCUGAUUUUAGAAACAACAAUUUUAAAACGGCAUCAAUGCUGUUUUUACUUCUUUUUCUUCCUUUUGGAUUCACCAGGAUCUCUUCCAAUUUUCCAAACGCCAGUUGGUGAUGUCUGCUGAUGUCGCUUCCCUCUGAGUUAUAACCAAUCAGCAUCAGCUAACCCUAAGUCCUGCCCAGCAACAGGUAUCUGGUUGGUCCCUGAAAGAAACCAGAAAGUGGUCCUUUCAGGCCGGCUCGAUGAAAUGGAGACACAAACGUGCCGUGAGGGUCCAGUAAAAUAAGUUCAGAUAGUAGAAACAGGCCCAACACAAGAGUUAACAGAGUUUUAGGGUUACCAACUAAUCUGUCCAUUUAAAUUUAGCAUACGUUUGAAAGAUAAAGAACGAAACACCAUUGUAUUUGUUCAUGAAGGUGUGCAGGAACACAUUAGACGGCUGAUUUUGGCUGUAUUACCACUGAGGGAGCCUUGUUUCAAUGAGCUUUCAGGGUAACAACAAAUUUGGGCUCAUGUCUGGUUUUGCUGCUCGGAUAACAUUAUUUUUUAAUUGUAAUGAAUCUUAGAGGGUUGUUGGACAAAAGAAACAAAUGUUUGUUUUAAAACAACAGAAAUGAACUAGUAACACUUAAAGAGCAAGUCACCCCCAAAUCAACCUUUUUUUGCUGAUAAACCAUAUAAAUGAGUGUCUGAUCGUGCUGCAGACACGUGUAGUCAAUAAUUUGGCCCUUUAGUGCAUCUUAGUUAAAUUUUAAAUAUUCUACCUAAAACUGUCAGUGUUGCGCCAUCGUCAGCAAUUUAAAUCUGCCAUCGGUAUUGGCUAAGAGGUACACUAUGACAUUGGCUGGUACAUUAUGAUGUCACAAUGCUGUUGUGCGCCUGUUUGUGUGUAUUUGUUAGCGGCUCCAUCCUCUCGGUCUGCCAGGCAACAGCAUCCGUUGCAUUUUUCAAACAUGAAGUGGGAGUGGAGUAAAUAAAUUGUAGCGGGUGACUUGCUCUUUAAUUAGAAAUAUAAUAAAAAGGUUUUAUUGCACAAACUUUCUGCUCUAUAUUUAGCAUCAGCUUUUAUGACCCAGAUAUCGACUCUAGAAAGUCAAGAAGAGGAAUCUCCAGCAGCGAGAAAUGUUUGAUUCACUGAACUUUAUAGAACUGAAUGCUUUAGAACAUGUUUUUGUCCUCAGAAGGACUCGAAUGUUGCCUUUUUAUUGAUAAUUCAUAUGAUUUGUUACCAACCCAUCUUUGUAUUGAUGUACGUUGACAUGAUUCAAUUGAUUUCUGAGCAUGGCUCUGUCCAUGACCCCCACUUUACUGUUGCUCUCCGUCAGUCUCACAAUCCCAGAAUAGGUCUCCGUUCUCAUGAAUGUAUUUUGUGUAAAAAUAAUACAUCCUCGCUUUGCUCGAUCACUUAAACUGCCACACACACACACACACACAGACACACACACACAUUUAUAUAUAAAUAUAUCUAUACACACACCUCAACAACCAAAGUGCUCUCUCUUAAAUGGACUUCAAUAAGAGGCAGGGAACGCCGCUGUCGCUGGGGACAGAGAGAUAGCAGGAGAAGGCGUUGCAGACAUCUUGACAAUAUUUCUGAGAGAAUUACUGUGAAAAAAAUGGGAAUUGUUUUGCUCGGAACACCGACGGCUCUGGAAGGAGAUGGACCACGGAUGAACAUAAGGGAACACAAAUAAACCUUACGAAGGAUCAAUGGCCAUGAAGGAAAAACGUGUUAUUUUAGAUAAAUAUCGGGGAGAAAUUGUGAUGUGAGAUGGGAAAAGAGACAAGCCGACCUUGGCUUUGGAGACGAUAAUGAAACUAUGUUAUAGCGACAUGCUGUGGCCGGAAUACUGAAUCACACGCGCUUGGAAUAUUGUACAGUAUGCUCUUAACGAAACCUAGCUUUGUAAUGCUUAGUCUUUUCUACUAUUAUGAGUAAAGCAGUUACAGCUGAUAUCUUAAAUUAUUAAACCAUAGUAUUCUCAUUCGUCAUGACAGUUAUCAUAUAUGUAUUAUUAAUACGUAAAAAAUUAUUAUGAUCAAGGAAAGUGCCGUUUGGAGUUGAAAUUAUUUUGUAAUUUUAUUUUAUCAGAGAGAAUAAUAAAGUAUAUAUAUAUAUAUAUAAAACAUUACAGCCUCCAUGUUUUGUUUGUUCAUUUUAAUGAUUCGUUUAUUUUUGCUGGGAUUUUUUUUUCUGCGAACUUCGCCAGAACAUUCAGGUUGAACUGAGUCGAGAAAGACAAAUUUAGUCAAAUCAUUUAUUUUCUAAUGAGCUGAAUAGGCUUGAUGAAGCCUGUAUUUUAAAAAUGUUCUACACUAGCGGUAGCAUAGCAAAGUUAGCCUACAUUUUGGCUAAGCGUGACUCUACGCAUUAGCCGUGUUAGCCUGUAUGCUUGUAUUUUCCAUUAUAUUUACUUGACACAUCUCGCUACUUUGAUUGGAUGAGCCGCGUAACUAUGACAACCACUCCAGUGCUACUUUCUUAGAGGAACAAGCUGGUUACGUUCAACAGAUAAGCACCACAGAUAUGUCUUCAGCUGACACUUUGGAAAGGUUUGAAGAACUUUGUUUCCCCGGAUACUCGCUGUACUUAUGAUACUCGUUGUACUUAUGAGUAAAUUGUUAUAACACCAAUUUAGUGAAUAUUUCUUGAAGUCAUAAAUGGUCAGUGGUCCAACUUUUUUGUGCUUCCAUGUAGGUUUGUGCUGCUGCCGCUACAAACAUUAUGAGCAUGAAUAAAAACUGUCCAUUCAUUUCCUGUCAGUGUUUGGUUUCACGGUUUUUAUGCCUAAAAUGAGGCCUUUAAAAUAAUCCCUGUAUGUGACAUCACAAUAAGGGAAAUUAGCAUAAAACCACCUCAUACCUGUCAAUGCUAAAGGAACAGCAGCUGUAAGCCCCUCCUGGAUAUCCGACCUCCCCUCAAAAAAUCACUUUACCUGCCAACAGCUUCAGCUUUCUCCGUGGGCAGUUAUCUGGUGGAUUAGAGAUGUGCUUUAUAUCCGGUAUUCCUGGAGUGCGUCGUGGGAGUGGCGAUAUCAUCAUUCAUUAUUUGAAUUAUGUUAAUCUAUGGCUGUUGAUGUGCAUCAACAUCCCAGGAAACAGCUACUGUACAUGUAGCACAGCUAGUCCCUCUGGGAGUUCUUUAUUUUUUUAUAAAAUUAUCAAAUCUGAAGGUUUGCAACCACUUUGAAAGUCGUUCUACUUGGAAAAGCCAGUUUUUUGCGCGUUGAUAUGAUCCAUAGCUGGCCUGUUGGACAUGAACUACAUUUCCCAACAGGUUGUGUGAAUAAAUAACAUGACACACAACACAUUAACUAAUUUUUACACAUCCCAACAAAUCCCACGAUGGUUACCUUUAAAAUCAGACCAAAGUAAUCAAACAGAUCUUGUGGUUACAGAAAUAUACUCAAAGUGUGAGUGUCUCAUGUGUCUCACUAACAUUAUUCUUGCUUUAAAAAAUUGCUUGAGCACAAAUUCUCUUGACUGAUAAAAAUGUGAUUAAUCAAGAUUAAUUAAUUACAAAGCCUUGAAUUAAUUAGACAAAUUUUUUAAUCAAGUCCCACCCCUAGUUUUUGUCUCUUUAUUUUUACUUGAUUCAUAUUAUUUUCUUAACUUUAUGGGGAAAAAAAUAGACAUUUUCUUUUUUUCACCUCAGUGGCAAAGGAUUUGAAGAGAAAUAUUUUAUAUUUUCUGAAAAAGACAUAAAAGAUUUAUUUCCAAAGGUUUUCAUCUCUUUGGUUUUGUACUUCAUGAGAAACUUUUGGCAGGCUGGAAUCUUCUGAAGGAUCAAAUGAGCUUGGCACACUAGUGGAUAUUUUUUGGCUGAAAUUCUUGAGACGAAACCAGACAGGAUAACAAACAUUAGCACACAGCUUUUCGGGUCUCUGCACAGAUACCAUUCUUGGUUUUAUUGCUCCAAGUUGCUGUUUAAAAGAGAUUUCACUCAAGAUUAUCUGAUGUUUUUCUACAUCCAGAGACUUAUUAUUCAACUCCUGUCACAGAAAAGCAUUUACAUGAAAUAAUUCUGUCAUCACUGAGCUUAGCUGUAGGGAUGGUGAUAACGAGGUGACUGUUAGUGCCUGGAUGCUGUCAUAAAGAAUUAUAUACUAUCUUUACAUGUUUUUGGUGCUUUAGAAAAGAGAAGUGUGUGUGUGUGUGUGUGUAAAGAUAUCUUCAGUGUAUGGUGGACUGCCCCGCUGACUGACAUCCAUAGCGGUGAGUACGUCACUUUGUUCGUUGUUCGAUAGCAUGCGGAGACUGUCUGAAAGACAACCAGAGACUCUGCCUGACGGCUGGGCUCUGUCCAUGGCUUGUGGUCAGACUAUAUAAAAUGGCUUACCAGGCUUGGAGAAUCCUGGCUGAAUUUAAACUAUUACGUAAAGAAGAGCGGAACAAGUAUCCUCCCCGGUGAUGUGAAACACGUUAGCAGUUAUCAUUUGGUGUUUACUCAGGUUAUUCGUCUUAUGUCGAAUGUUUAUUUGAUAAUCUGGAGCAUUUAAAGGUGUUGAACACUCAUUUAAUCAAUACAUUUGCAGGAGAGUCUGUAGUCUCUCCUGAUAUUAACACUUUACUCUCUUUGAUAUUGAAUGUGCUACUACUAGUUUACCCAUUUAAUUAUAGAUUCACUAGGAUAAAUACAAUAAAGUUUAUCUCUCACCAAAUAGAAUAUUUACUAAGAAACCACAAUGUAACCAUAGAAACACUACUUGGUGUCGUCAACAUUAAUAUAUGGACAAUGGGUUUUCCUAGCCUCCAAUAACAAGUUUUUGUGCUAAAAUGGGAGGUGGCCACCACCGCCAUUUUGACCGUGUCACAGGUUCCGUCAAGCCCAGUCAAUUCCAUUAAAGGGAAGAGAGGAGGAGCUGAGGGUGGGGCUGUAAGGCUGGGAUCAACUGACGACACCCGGUUGAACUAGCUACAAGCUAACCCUGGCUAGCCCUGGCUAACCCAAAGCUAACACGGAGGUGGGAGCCGAGCUAAUGGAGGUAGCAACCUAGCUACAACCGGAGCUAACUCUGUGGAACACCCAUAGACCGCAUGGAGUUCAGGUGGAGGUUUGCAGCGCUUUUUCAUGAGAAGUACCUUUCUGUGAAUAAAAAAUAUUAAAUCGGUAAGUUUUUAAGUUAUUUCCGUAAUGAAAAUACAUUUUGCUUUGAGCAAGUUUUCACUAUUUUUCACUCACCGUAUUUUCAGGACUAGUAAGUCGCUCCUGAGUUGCACCAGCUGUUAAAUGUAUAAUGAAGAAGAAAAAAACAUAUACAAGUCGUAUUUUGGGGGGAAAUUUUAUUUUUCUUACAAAAUCUGAGACAAAGCGUUUCACAUUGCAAGACAAGUACCGGUAACAAUAACCGAAUAAUGCACCGCAGCAGCGUGCCACGGUCUCCAGCAGAGGAAGGCGGUGUUUGAAACCCUCCCAGCGGGACAGGGGAACUCAUUCUUGGGUCGGAGUCGGCCCGCAGCAGCGCGGUGUAGCCUACAUGUUUUAUUAUAUAAGUCGCUCCGGAGUAGCAGGACCGGCCAGACUAUGAAAAAAAGUGUGAUUUAUAGUCCGGAAAAUACGGUAGUUAUUAGUAUUUGAGAUAAAUUAGCAGGCUAAAUACAUUUCAUAUAUUUCCAAAACGUAAUCCUUGUUUGUAUCUUGUACAGCCAAGUAGCCUUUAUUCUGGACUCAGUACAAUUCACCAAAAGUAAAGAGACAUUAUACAGAUGAAGUAAGCACAAGAUAACUUACUGGAAGAAACAGAAUUAUUAUCAUGAGAACCAGAACAAGACAGCCUGAUAACAGUCAUGUGAAAAUAACAGUUAAAAAGUAUGUAUGUGUAAUAGAAAUAAAAAUAUAUUAGAA